CGCUGGAGCCUUUUUUAAAGCGAAAGACAUCCUAAAUUUACGCGCGCUUGCUCUAAAGUAUAUUACACUUGUUAGCAAUUACCUUUUCCAUUUGUUAUAUUCUUAAACAUGCCAGUAGUAAAGACCACCAUCGAUCCCGCCAAUGGCAUUGACCAAUAUGUUCUCAUCAACCCAGCAAAGACCCUGUCGGUCAUGGUGCUGAACUAUGGUGGCACUCUGUCACAUACUCUCGUACCCGACAAGAAUGGUGUCAUUCGCGAUGUAACCGUUGGCUUUGACGACUAUGAAACCUACAAGAACGCUGACAACCCAUUUUUUGGCGCUUUGAUUGGUCGCUAUGCUAACCGCAUUGGCGAGGGCAAGUUUACCGUGGACGGUGAAACCUAUCAGUUGGCUACCAACAAUGGCCCCAACGCACUCCACGGCGGUCUCGAAGGUUUUGACAAGAAGAAGUGGGAUGUAACCAUUCUUUCUCAAGAGCCUGCUUCUAUCCAACUGGAUCUCGUAUCUCCUGAUGGUGACCAGGGCUACCCUGGUGAGCUCAAGACAACCGUGACAUACACGGUCACCGACACAAACUCUUUGGAAAUUACAUACAAGGCCACUACCAGCAAGGAUACUGUGGUGAACUUGACCAACCACAACUACUUUAACUUGGCCGGCGUGUCCCAGAAUCCAAACAUCUUGAACACUCAGAUUACAAUGACCGACGAAGUCAAGGGUUUCUUGGAACUGGAUGAAAAUGCAUUGCCUACUGGCAAGGAGUGCAGCUGGUCUGAUGCUCCAUACAUGGACUUUACGGGUGACAAGGCUGGUACUACGAUUGGUGCCCGUAAAGAUGAGCUCAAGAGCACGAACGGCUAUGAUCAUCCUUAUGUGAUCCAUAAGGACUAUGUCAUCAACACUUCGGAUCUGCCUUUGCGCAAGGCCGUUUAUGCGUAUGCUCCUGAAACGGGUAUCCAAAUGGAGUUUGCUACGACGGAACCCGCCUUCCAGUUCUAUACCGGUAACUUUGUCAAGUCAGGUGUUUUCACAGGCAAGAAAUCCCAGGACGGUGUUGCCUAUGGUGAGCACGCUGGUUUCUGCUUGGAAAGCUCGCGCAAUCCCGAUGCUCCCAACAAGCCUGACUGGCAGAGCAGCGUGCUGUUGAAGAAGGGCGAGACUUACGGCAGCAAGACCGUCUUUACAUUCGGUGUUCGUCAAUAAACGGCGAUAGCUUUGUAUAUUUUUAAGAAAUCCCAUUCAAAAAAGAAAACAACUGUACAAAAA